AUGGAACAAGCAGCGACUGUCCACGGCGGAGAGCCGAACCCGUUGGACAGUACCGGUCUGUGCCUGCUGUCCCUCGACGGCGGCGGCGUGCGCGGGCUGUCGACCCUCUACAUCCUCAAAGGCUUGAUGGAUCGUCUAAACCAGAAAAGACCGAACGGUACUCCGAAAAAGAAGCCAUGCGAGGUGUUUGAUCUGAUCGGAGGAACCAGCACAGGUGGAUUGAUCGCAAUCAUGCUGGGUCGUCUAGAAAUGGAUGUGGAUGAGUGCAUCGCGGCAUAUAUCCAAUUAAUGAAAAAGAUCUUCGAGAAGCCCUCCAAAUGGAACCUUGCUGCAAGCCUGUUUGGCAAUAUCGAGCCGCGAUUCGAUGCCAGCAAGCUUGAAGACGCAAUCAAUCAAGUCAUCAGCAGAUGUGGAGCCAACCCGACUGAUCUCUUUAAUAACCAGGCCGAGCGGGGCUGUCGAGUAUUUGUCUGCAGCAUCACACAGGAAACCAAGGAGAUCGUCCGCCUUCGCAGCUACCCAGAACCUGGCAAGCUGGAUAUUCCCGCCACAAUCUGCCAGGCCGCCCGUGCCACCUCAGCUGCCACAACCUUCUUUGAGCCGGUAUCGAUCGGGGCGCGGAGAUUCGCGGACGGUGCGCUUGGGGCUAACAACCCAGUUGAUGAGGUAGAGGGCGAAGCGUCAGAUACCUGGUGUCCCGAAACCGGCGACCUGAAGCCACUGGUGAAAUGUUUCGUCUCAAUUGGAACUGGAAACCCAGGGAAGAAGGCUAUGGAGGAUAAUCUGCUCAAAUUCAUGUCCAAAACUCUGCCAGAACUGACCACCCAGACUGAACAGACAGAGAAGCGAUUCAUUGCCAAAUGGCGACAGCAUUAUGACGGCAAACGGUAUUUUCGAUUUAAUGUAGAACAGGGGCUGCAGGAGGUCGGGCUGGCAGAAUAUCAGGAGCAGGGCCUGAUUGAGGCGGCGACGGAGGGGUAUCUUGACCACCAGGCGGUGGUGUUUCAGGUGCGGAAUUGUAUUCGGAACUUAGAGUCAAAGCAGAACGGAACCGACACCCAGUUUGCUAUAGUGAUUCAACUUAUACAGGAGUAUCAAAGAAAGUUGAUGCUUUUGGAGCAAUGGCGUGGCCGUGCGCGGUGGCAUGUGCCGUUUGAUCGAAACCCCAAAUUUACGGGCCGUGAGAAACUGCUGAACGACUUAGAACGGAGAUUGCAACAGCACAACCACACCACAAAGAUUGCAGUCAUUGGCCUUGGUGGUGUGGGCAAGACACAGUUAGUCCUGGAGCUUGCCCACCGUGUGCGAGAACAGUGCGCAGUUUUUUGGAUUCCAGUUAACAGUCUGGCUAACCUUCAGACAGCGUAUCGGGAGAUAGCGGAGAAGCUGCGCCUCCCGGGCUGCAAGGAGAAUAGUACUCAGAUCCUCGAAUUAGUACAAACAUACCUUAGUGAUGAGAGCAUUGGCCCAUGGCUGCUGGUAUUGGACAAUGCUGACGAUGUUGACCUGUGGACAUCUCCCGUUUCCCCAGACUCAGGAUCGAAGUGCCUAGUUGAUUUUCUGCCAAGAAGCACACAGGGGUCAAUCAUCUUCACCACCCGCAAUCGGAAGGUGACCAAUGACCUGGUGCAGGAUAUAGUGGAGGUGCCGGAGAUGGACAAAUCAGAGGCCACUCAUCUACUGAAAACCACCGUGGCCACUAAAGAGCUUGUUGAACCAGAUUACCAAAUGGUGCCGAUCCUUCUUGAGAAGUUGACUUACCUCCCGCUGGCCAUUGUCCAAGCGGCGUCCUAUAUCAGAAAAAACAGAGUGUCCUUCUCCGCAUACAACGCUCUGUUGAUGGACCUGGAAGACGAAGUCAUGGACCUCUUGGGUGAAGAGUACCGCGAUGAUGGAAGAUAUCGUGAUAUCAGCAACGCAGUUGCAAAAACAUGGAUUAUUUCCUUCCAGCAGAUAUGUCGCGAUGAUCCUCUGGCGGCAGAGUAUCUGUCAUUGAUGGCUUGUGUGGACCCCAGGGAUAUCCCGCACGCAAUACUGGUGGAGGGACCGUUGCGAAGGAAGGAGACGAAUGCCAUUGGUACACUGGACGCCCACUCCUUUAUUAAGAAGCACAGUGAUUCCACAACAUUUGACAUGCAUCGGUUGGUCCAUCUUGCCACACGGGGGUGGCUUAAAGGACAGGAAAGGCUGUCUGACUGGCAGAGCAAAGCCGUGACACGACUUGGAAAGCUACUGGCAAACACUGACCAAACUAACCGGACACAAUGGAGGGUAUACAUACCACACGCACAAUUUGCAGUUGCAGAUCAUACUAAGGGGGAUAAUGAGAUUAUCAAUCUUGUACAAAGGUGUGGGGCCUGCCUGGACUAUGAUGGCCGAUACGGUGAAGCGGAGACAAUGUAUUGGAAGGCUCUAAAGUAUAAGGAGAAGGUGGUGGGGCCAGAGCAUCCAAAUACACUUGCCAGCGUCAACAACCUUGGUUCAGUCCUUGAGAGGCAGGGCAGGUAUGAAGAGGCUGAAGCCAUGCACCGACGAGCCUUGGAAGGAUAUAAGAAGGUACUAGGGCCAGAGCAUCCAUCUACACUCACCAGUGUCAGCAACCUUAGUUCGGUCCUUUCUAGGCAGGGCAAGUAUGAAGAGGCUGAAGCCACGCACCGACGAGCCUUAGAAGGAUCAGAGAAGGUACUAGGGCCAGAGCAUCCAGACACACUCACGAGCGUCAACAACCUUGGUUCAGUCCUUUCCAGCCAGGGCAAGUAUGAAGAGGCUAAAGCCAUGCACCGACGAGGCUUAGAAGGUUAUGAGAAGGUGCUAGGGCCAGAGCAUCCAUCUACACUCACCAGCGUCAACAACCUUGGUUUAAUCCUCUCUAGCCAGGGCAACCAGGGCAAGUAUGAAGAGGCUGAAGCCAUGCACCAACGAGCAUUAAGAGAGCAAGAGAAGGUGCUGGGGCUAGAGCAUCCAUCCACACUCGCCAGCGUCAACAACCUUGGUUCAGUCCUCUCUAGCCAGGGCAAGUAUGAAGAGGCUGAAGGCAUGCACCGACGAGUCUUGGAAGGAUCAGAGAAGGGCAAGUAUGAAGAGGCUGAAGGCAUGCACCGACGAGUCUUGGAAGGAUCAGAGAAGGUACUAGGGCCAGAGCAUCCAUCUACACUCACCAGUGUCAGCAACCUUGGUUCAGUCCUUUCUAGCCAGGGCAAGUAUGAAGAGGCUGAAGGCACGCACCGACGAGGCUUAGAAGGAUAUGAGAGGGUGCUGGGGCCAGAGCAUCCAUCUACACUCACCAGCGUCAACAACCUUGGCUUGGUCCUUUCCCGCCAGGGCAAGUAUGAAGAGGCAGAAGCCUUGCAUCGACGAGCCUUGGAGGGAUAUAAGAAGGUACUUGGGCCAGAGCAUCCAGACACACUUACUAGUGGUAGCAAUCUUCGCUCGCUCCUCGAACAAAAAGGUCAACCUCUGUAA